AUGGGAAGAGAAAAGCUCCAUAAGCAGCCAUCUGGUCGUCUGAUUGAAUCCCUUAAAAUGGAGAGGGUCAGGACUAUUCUGACUCAUAGAUACCCAUACCCACAUGAGCAUUCAAGACAUUUCAUGAUUGCUGUGAUUGUUGGCUGGCUUUUCCUCCUUUCAUCAGAUAACUUACAAACCCUUAUAAUGAAAUUGGACAAGAAUUUUAAAUGGUGGUCGAUGUAUGCCUGUUUGAUUGGUUUCUUCUAUUUCUUCUCAUCACCAUUUAUUAGGAAGACUAUCAAGCCAAACUAUUCAAACUUUAGUCGUUGGUACGUUGCUUGGAUAUUCUUGGCAGCAUUAUACCAUCUCCCUAGUUUUCAGUCAAUGGGGUUGGAUUUGAGGAUGAAUCUUUCCCUCUUCCUCACUAUUUAUAUUUCCUCUCUAGUUUUCUUGAUCGUCUUCCACGUCAUAUUUCUUGGACUCUGGUAUUUGGGUCUUGUUUCUCGCAUGGCAGAGAAAAAGCCAGAGAUGCUUACUAUAAUCCAAAAUUGCGCAGUGAUAAGUAUAGCUUGCUGCGUGUUCUACAGCCACUGUGGUAACAGGACUCUUUCAAGGGAUAAAUCUAUUGAUCGUAGAACUGCUAGCUGGGUUGCAUUUUCACUCUGGAGAAAGCAAAAUGAGGACAACACACUGAUUUCAAAGCUAUUGCGUAUGCAUAAGUUUAAAGACCAGAUUUGCUCAUCCUGGUUUGCCCCGGUUGGCUCUGCCAGUGAUUACCCACUUCUCUCGAAAUGGGCCAUUUAUGGAGAAUUAGCUUCCAAUGGAUCCGAACACUCCAACAUCAUUUCACCUGUCUACUCUUUGUGGGCCACAUUCAUUGGUCUUUACAUGGCCAAUUAUGUCGUGGAGCGGUCAACUGGAUGGGCUCUAACUCAUCCUUUAACAAUUUCGGAGUAUGAGAAUCUGAAGAAACUGUUGAAACCGGAUUUUGAGGACAUGGUUCCUUGGUACUCUGGGACCUCAACAGAUUUAUUCAAAACCGUUUUCGACCUCAUGAUAUCUGUGACACUUUUUGUUGGUAGAUUUGACAUGCGUAUGAUGCAGGCUGCUAUGAACAAAACUCCAGAUGAAUCUAAGAGCAGCGACCUUUUAUACGAUCAUCUUGAUGGGAAAGACGAACUUUGGUUUGACUUCAUUGCAGAUACCGGCGAUGGUGGCAACUCUACAUAUGCUAUAGCACGCUUACUUGCUCAACCUUCUUUAGUCGUAAAGUCUGAUGAUUCCAGGCUUAUAUUUCCCCGUGGAGAACUACUACUUAUUGGUGGAGACCUCGCAUAUCCGAAUCCAUGCUCAUUUACAUAUGAGCGGCGUUUUUUCUGCCCUUUUGAGUAUGCUCUCCAGCCUCCUGCUUGGUACACGCCUGAUCAUAUAGCAUUGGAAAAACCUGAACUUCCUCUUGGAGUUUCUGAGCUCAGGCAGUAUAAGGGACCACAAUGUUUUAUGAUUCCUGGAAACCAUGAUUGGUUUGAUGGACUGAACACAUUCAUGAGGUAUGUCUGUCAUAAGAGCUGGCUUGGUGGGUGGUUUUUACCCCAGAAGAGGAGUUAUUUUGCAUUAAAGCUUCCCAAUGGGUGGUGGGUUUUUGGUCUUGACCAAGCUCUACAUGGCGACAUUGAUGUGUACCAGUUCAAGUUUUUUGCAGAAUUAUGUCAACAGAAGGUUGGAGAACAUGAUUCUGUAAUUCUUAUAACUCAUGAGCCAAAUUGGCUUCUCGACUGGUACUGGGGUGAUAAAACUGGAAAAAACGUAACAUAUUUAAUACGUGAGUACCUCAAGGGAAGGUGUAAAUUGCGGAUGGCUGGCGACCUGCACCAUUAUAUGCGUCAUUCUUGCACUGAGUCCAAAGAACCAGUACAUGUGCAACACUUGCUUGUAAAUGGUUGUGGUGGAGCCUUUUUGCAUCCAACACAUGUCUUCGAGAACUUCAAGGAAUGCUAUGGGAACAAGUAUGAAACGAAGGCUGUAUAUCCUUCUUAUGAAGAUUCUAGCAAGAUUGCACUUGGUAAUAUUUUAAAAUUCCGAAGGAAAAAUUGGCAAUUUGAUGUCAUUGGUGGUUUUGUGUAUUUCGUGUUGGUCUUCUCAAUGUUUCCACAGUGUGACUCAUUUCGUAUCUUGCAUGAAGACUCUUGGGAUGGCCGUGUGAAUAGUUUCUUCAAUGCAACGUGGAAUGCUAUUUUUGAGAUUCUAGAGCAUUCUUAUGUAUCCCUAGCUGGUGUUCUUACUCUGUUGACGGUAUCAUUUUUCUUUGUACCCACAAAACUAUCACGUAGAAGACGUGCUUUGCUUGGCUUUCUUCAUGCUGCUGCUCAUAUAACUUCGGCAGUACUACUGAUGCUGCUUAUGGAACUGGGUAUUGAGAUAUGCAUCCGCAACCAUCUACUAGCGACAUCAGGCUACCACACCCUCUAUGAAUGGUACCGUCAGGCAGAAAGUGAACAUUUCCCUGAUCCCACGGGGCUUCGUGCUCGUCUGGAACAGUGGACCUUCGGGCUUUAUCCUGCGUGUAUCAAGUACCUUAUGUCUGCCUUCGACAUCCCAGAGGUUAUGGCAGUAACUAGAAGCACAAUCUGCAGAAAAGGAAUAGAGUCUCUCCCUCGGGGAGGCGCCAUCAUCUACUAUGUGUCUGUCUUUCUCUACUUCUGGGUCUUGUCGACGCCCGUUGUGUCGAUGGUGUUUGGGAGCUACUUAUACGUGUGUAUAAACUGGUUCCAUAUUCACUUUGACGAGGCCUUCUCCUCCCUGCGCAUAGCAAAUUACAAGGCGUUCACGCGGUUCCACAUCAAAAAGAAUGGAGACCUUGAGGUGUUCACCCUGGCUGUGGACAAGGUGCCAAAAGAGUGGAUGCUGGAUCCAGACUGGGAUAUGGAGCCCAAGGAGCCAUUGCAGAUGAGCCACACCAGGAGGUUCCCAAGCAAAUGGCGAGCCGCGUCGGGAUGGUCGGAUCCGACCAGCGUAGUUCGGGUUGUUGACCAGUUUGUCAUUCCACGGACACUGGUAGAUCCUCUUUUACCAGACUCUGCUCCGUGA